CCAGGGCACUAAGAGGGAAGGUAGCAGCAACAAUAUGACGACAACCGCAGUUUCUCCCGAAUCUUUUCGACAUCUGCAGUCCAGCAACGCCUUUCUGGGUUCCUUGUAAUGCUUAGAAAAGCUGCUUACAGUGGAUGGUGCAAUACUUAAAGACCACGUAGCUGCAGGAUGAAAACAUGGCUGCACCUCUUAUGGCACCACCAGGACCUAACAGCUUCAAAUAUUUUACCACGGAAUCAUUGGCUAACAUCGAGCUCCGUAUCAACGAGGAGAAGAACAAACCGCCGCCCAAACAGGACAGCAGUCACCGUGACGACGACGAUGACAACAAACCCAAGCCCAACGGCGACCUGGAGUCUGGGCGGAAUCUGCCCUUCAUCUACGGCGACAUCCCUCCUGGAAUGGUGGCGACACCACUGGAGGAUCUGGACCCCUUCUACCAGGCUCAGAAAACAUUCAUAGUGCUAAAUAGAGGGAAGACAAUCUUCCGCUUUAGUGCCAACCCUGCCUUGUACAUCAUAAGUCCUUUUAAUAUUUUCAGGCGAAUAGCUAUAAAAAUUUUGAUACAUUCUCUUUUCAGCAUGAUCAUUAUGUGUACUAUUUUGACCAACUGUAUAUUCAUGACUUUUAGUGAUCCUCCGGAGUGGUCCAAGCAAGUAGAGUACACAUUCACAGGGAUUUAUACGUUUGAAUGUCUUGUAAAAAUCGUCGCUCGAGGAUUCUGUAUAGAUGGGUUUACAUUCCUAAGGGAUCCCUGGAACUGGCUGGAUUUCAUGGUCAUUUCUAUGGCAUAUAUAACAGAGUUUGUGGACCUGGGCAAUGUCUCUGCGCUGAGAACAUUCAGAGUUCUCCGAGCAUUGAAAACUAUCUCUGUCAUACCAGGUCUGAAGACCAUUGUCGGUGCUCUAAUCCAAUCGGUGAAGAAAUUGUCAGACGUUAUGAUCCUCACGGUCUUCUGUCUCAGUGUCUUUGCUCUGAUUGGACUACAGCUCUUCAUGGGCAACCUACGACAAAAAUGCGUGAUUUGGCCAAUCAACUCCACCGAGAACUACUUGGCCAACGGCAGCAAAGGCUUCGACUGGAAUGAAUACAUCAAUAACGACACCAAUUUCUACUUCCUGCCUGGACAAUUGGAUGCCCUUUUAUGUGGCAACAGCUCAGAUUCUGGCCGCUGCCCUGAAGGCUACACAUGCAUGAAAGCUGGGAGGAAUCCAAACUACGGCUACACCAGCUUCGACAGCUUCGGAUGGGCUUUCCUGGCUCUCUUCAGACUCAUGACACAGGACUUCUGGGAGAACCUCUACAUGCUGACCCUGCGGGCAGCAGGGAAGACCUACAUGAUCUUCUUUGUGCUGGUGAUCUUCGUGGGGUCCUUCUACCUGGUCAAUCUGAUCCUCGCUGUGGUGGCCAUGGCCUAUGAGGAGCAGAACCAGGCCACAAUGGAGGAGGCUGAGCAGAAAGAGGCGGAGUUCAAGGCCAUGCUGGAGCAGAUCAAGAACCAGCAGGAGGCUGCACAGGAGGCCGCACAGGCCAAUGCCAUGGCGACGUCGGCGGGCACGGUGUCGGAGGACGUAGGGGAUGACGACGGCAGGGGGAACCUGUCCUGUAGCUCGUCAGAGAUGUCCAAGCUCAGCUCCAAGAGCGCCAAGGAGCGGCGCAACCGCAAGAAGAAGUGGCGCCAGAAAGAGCAGUCGCAGCGGGAGGAGAAGGGGGACUGCGAGAAAUUCAUCAAGUCCGAGUCGGACGACGGCAGCAAGAGGAGCCGCUUCCAUUUCCCUGACAACCGGCUAGGCCGCAAGUCUUCCAUCAUGAACCAGUCCCUCCUCAGUAUCCCCGGCUCACCGUUUCUGUCGAGGCACAACAGCAAGAGCAGCAUCUUCAGCUUCAAGGGCCGCGGCAAAGACGUGGUCUCAGAAAAUGAGUUUGCCGACGACGAGCACAGCACAGUGGAAGAGUGCGAAGAGAGACGGGGCUCCCGGUUCAGCCCGUACCGGCGGAGCAGCUACACGGGCUACCACCACGGCGGCGGGAAGAGGAACUCGACGGUGGACUGCAACGGCGUGGUGUCUCUGAUCAGUCCGGGGACCGGCGGACGCCUUCUGCCUGAGGUGAAAAUAGAUAAGGCAACUGGUGACGACAGUCCCACUACUGAGGUUGAGGUGAAGAAGAAGCUGUCUGGUUCCCUGAUGGUGUCUGUGGACCAGCUCAAUACCUCCUUCGGAAGGAAAGAGCGGGCCAACAGUGUCAUGAGCGCCAUCACCAACACUCUAGCGGAGGAACUGGAGGAGUCUCAGCGUAGUUGUCCACCGUGCUGGUAUAAGUUCUCCAACAUCUUCCUCAUCUGGGAGUGUUGUCCCAUCUGGUUGAAAAUCAAAGAGAUCGUCAACCUGAUCGUCAUGGACCCCUUCGUGGACCUGGCCAUCACCAUCUGUAUCGUCCUCAACACCCUCUUCAUGGCAAUGGAGCACUACCCCAUGACCCCGCACUUUGAGGAGGUGCUGUCCGUGGGAAACCUGGUGUUCACAGGGAUAUUUGCUGUGGAGAUGUUUGCCAAGCUGGUUGCCAUGGAUCCCUACUACUACUUCCAAGAGGGGUGGAACUGCUUCGACGGCUUCAUUGUGACCCUGUCCUUAGUGGAGCUGGCAUUGGCUGACGUGGAGGGGCUGUCCGUGCUCAGAUCAUUCCGAUUGCUGAGAGUGUUUAAACUGGCCAAGUCGUGGCCCACACUCAACAUGCUGAUCAAGAUUAUCGGUAACUCUGUGGGCGCCCUGGGAAACCUGACCCUCGUCUUAGCUCUCAUCGUCUUCAUAUUUGCCGUGGUCGGCAUGCAGCUGUUCGGCAAGAACUACAAGGACUGUGUGUGUAAGAUCGCCCUGGACUGUAAGCUGCCCCGCUGGCACAUGCACGACUUCUUCCACUCAUUCCUGAUGGUGUUCCGGGUGCUGUGUGGGGAGUGGAUCGAGACCAUGUGGCACUGCAUGGAGGUGGCUGACCAGGGCAUGUGUCUCAUCGUCUUCAUGAUGGUCAUGGUCAUCGGGAACUUGGUGGUGUUGAAUCUUUUCCUUGCCUUGCUGCUGUCCUCGUUCAGCGCAGACAACUUAGCCGCAACAGACGACGACGGAGAGAUGAACAACCUUCAGAUCUCCGUCAUCCGUAUCAAGAAGGGGAUCGCCUGGUUCAAGAUCAAGUUGGCAGAGUUGGUGCUCAGCUUGACCAAGAAACCACAGGUGGAGGAUGAACAGAAACCUUUAGACGACAUGUACGACAAGAAACUGAACUGUAUCGCCAACCACAGCGGUGUGGAUAUCAACCGCGACCUGGACUACACCAAGAAUGGUAACGGCACCACUAGUGGUAUAGGGAACAGCAUCGGGAGGUACUUGAUCGACGAGGACCACAUGUCAUUCAUCCACAACCCUAACCUGACCGUGUGCGUUCCCAUCGCGGUCGGAGAGUCCGACUUUGAGAACCUCAACACCGAGGACUUCAGUAGUGAGUCGGAGAACGAGAACAGCAAAGAGGGGCUGGACGACACCAGCUCAUCGGAGGGCAGCACCAUAGACAUCAAGCCUGACGUGGAGGCGGAGGCGGUGGUGGUGGAGGCUGUGGAAGAGUACCUAGACCCAGAAAACUGUUGGACACCUGAGUGUAUUAUCAAGUAUCCUUGCUGCGACGUGCCCAUCACUCACGGGUGGGGAAAAUAUUGGUGGUUCCUGAGAAAGACAUGCUAUCUUAUUGUGGAGCAUAACUGGUUCGAAACCGUCAUUAUCUUUAUGAUCCUACUCAGUAGUGGGGCCCUGGCUUUUGAGGAUGUGUACAUCCAGCAGAGGAAGACCAUCAGGACCGUCUUGGAAUACGCAGACAGUGUGUUCACAUAUAUCUUCAUCCUAGAGAUGUUGCUCAAGUGGGUCGCCUACGGAUUCCACAAGUACUUCACCAACGCCUGGUGCUGGCUCGACUUCUUCAUCGUCGAUGUGUCUAUAAUCAGUCUGGUAGCUAAUGCACUGGGCUACUCGGAUCUAGGUCCUAUUAAAUCACUAAGGACACUAAGGGCCUUGAGACCCCUCAGAGCCUUGUCACGUUUUGAAGGGAUGAGGGUGGUAGUCAACGCCCUGGUGGGAGCCAUCCCCUCCAUUAUGAAUGUGUUGCUGGUUUGCCUCAUCUUUUGGCUGAUUUUCAGUAUCAUGGGAGUCAACUUGUUUGCGGGCAAGUACUACUACUGUUUCAACCAGACAGCAGAGGAGUACUUUCAUGCCAGCGAGGUCAACAACAAGACACAGUGCAUGGCCCUCAUUGGACAGAAUUUCACUGAGGUCAGGUGGAAGAAUGUCAAGAUCAACUUUGACAAUGUUGGCGCCGGAUACCUGGCUCUGCUUCAAGUGGCGACAUUCAAAGGCUGGAUGGACAUCAUGUACGCAGCCAUAGACUCCAGAAGGGUGGAGGACCAGCCCAUCUAUGAAGACAACAUCUACAUGUACAUCUACUUCGUCAUCUUCAUCAUCUUUGGCUCCUUCUUCACCCUCAACCUCUUCAUCGGUGUCAUCAUUGACAACUUCAACCAACAGAAGAAAAAGUUUGGAGGUCAGGACAUCUUCAUGACAGAGGAACAGAAGAAGUACUACAACGCCAUGAAGAAACUGGGUUCAAAGAAGCCCCAGAAACCCAUUCCCAGACCACAGAACAAGAUCCAAGGGUUGGUGUUUGACUUUGUGACCCAGCAAGUCUUUGACAUCUCCAUUAUGAUGCUGAUCUGCCUCAACAUGGUCACCAUGAUGGUGGAGACAGACGACCAGUCGGAGGAGACGGAGAACAUCCUCUAUUGGGUUAACUUCAUCUUCAUCGUGGCGUUCACCACCGAGUUCGUCCUGAAACUCUUCGCCCUGCGCCACUACUACUUCACCAAUGGCUGGAACGUGUUCGACACGGUUGUGGUCAUCCUGUCCAUUGCGGGCAUGUUCCUGGCUGACAUCAUUGAGAAGUACUUCGUAUCGCCGACCCUCUUCAGGGUCAUCCGAUUGGCUCGAAUCGGCCGCAUCCUGCGUCUGAUCAAAGGGGCCAAGGGCAUACGGACUUUACUCUUCGCCUUGAUGAUGUCACUUCCUGCCCUGUUCAACAUCGGCCUCCUGCUCUUCCUGGUGAUGUUCAUCUUCAGCAUCUUCGGAAUGUCCAACUUCGGCUAUGUCAAACACGAGGCCGGGAUAGACGACAUGUAUAACUUUGAGACCUUCGGGAACAGCAUGAUCUGCUUGUUCAUGAUCACCACGUCUGCAGGCUGGGAUGGUCUCUUGCUCCCCAUCCUCAACUACCCUCCUGACUGCGACCCAACCCUGGAGAACCCAGGUGCACCUGCGACAGGCGACUGCGGAAACCCCUCAGUUGGCAUAUUUUUCUUUGUCAUGUAUAUCAUUAUUUCCUUCCUUGUCGUAGUCAAUAUGUACAUCGCCAUCAUCUUAGAGAACUUCAGUGUAGCGACAGAAGAGAGCGCUGACCCGCUCAGUGAAGACGACUUUGAGACCUUCUAUGAAAUCUGGGAGAAAUUCGACCCCGCCGCUUCCCAGUUCAUCACCUUCGCAAAACUGGGUGACUUCGCCGACACCCUGGAGCACCCUCUCCGCGUUCCCAAACCCAACACCAUUGAGCUGAUCGCCAUGGACAUGCCCAUGGUCAGCGGCGACCGCAUCCACUGCCUGGACAUCCUGUUUGCCUUCACCAAACGCGUGCUGGGUGACAGCGGGGAGCUGGACAUGCUACGCACGCAGAUGGAGGAGCGCUUCGUGCAGGCUAACCCCUCCAAGGUCUCCUACGAGCCCAUCACCACGACGCUGCGCCGGCGCCAGGAGGACGUGUCCGCACGCUGCAUCCAGAAAGCCUACCGCGCUCACCUCCUCAAACGGGGCUUCGUCUGCAAGCGCAGGCCCAUGACCAAGCUGGAGAACGGAGGGACCAACAACCUGGAGAAGAAAGAGAGCACACCCUCCACCGCCUCUCUCCCCUCCUACGACAGCGUGACCAAACCUGACAAGGAGAAACAGGAGGAGAAUGAGGCAGAGAGGAAAGAGAAGGACAGAAACCAAAAAGAGGAGCGGGAAUCAAAGUGUUAGUUAGGUUUCAGUGAUUACAGUACCACACACUGCCAGAAGGGACUCUGAGCCCAACAAAUGUACGAAAACUACACAAAAAAAUGUUUACAGACUUCAAUUUAACACAAAAUUAAGGAUUUUUGUCGUUGAAGAAAAACACCGAUGGCGAUGUACAUGUUGCCUACGAUAAGGAUUUAGUUAGAACACAAUCAUUAUCACUAAAUGAUUUUACUGCCUGAUGAUGAAUUUCUUCUUUAUUUCUUGGAAAUAAUGUGAGGAAGAACAAUGAUAAUAUAAAUAAUUAUCAAUAAUAACUCAAUAAUAGUAAAAGUGUGCCCGCCAUUGGCAUACUAUAUUAUAUGUUCAGGAUCAUCGAAAAGAAGGGACAGAAACCUCUGCAAACAAGAUGGAGGGAGAUUUAUUGGAGCAAAGAGUCUCUGACUGCCAGCACCCUGUGUGGACGAGCCCCUGCAGCGAAAUGUCCACCACUAUGUGAGCACCUCAGGAGAGGAACGGGACGGAACCUACACUACAGAACCUUGUAGAACUGUUCUACUAUGCAGUCUGACAGGGCCUCUGUAACAUCCACUUCCUGUACCGUCUUAUCAAGUUUUAAAUACGAAGAAUGAAAGUUUAGAGAAAGAAAGAACCCCAGAACAGUAGACAAACGGUUUUUACUUUGUUUGUGCUGAAUAUACUUCUAUCUUUACAUUAUUUGAGCAGCAAAAAAAAAAAGAGAAAAAAUAACAUUUAGCCCAUGUCACACUAGUCUCUUUUCAUCUCCUCUCGCUUUGUUAUACUGACAUUAUGAAAAAUACAUUUUCUACAUGGGCAUUCACACUGUCACACUGGGUAGGGGUCAUAAGUCAGCGUUUAGACUUGGGCUGAAGAAGGGUGGGGACUCGCUCUGACCGACUGAGUCUCAGAUAAAUAAUUAUUAUUGUGCUCGUUCAAUGCAUAGAUAUGACUUGCAUGAAGGCAUGUUUUGAUCAGGAAUCAUGCAUGAUGUAAUCAUAGUCCACAAUACACUAAUUCUCUGUCUACUACAAUAGCUUGACCAUAUGUUUGUGGCAGUACACUGGAAAAAUGUAUAUGAGAAAUAUAACUGGAAAGUUAUUGAUAUAUAUGACAUAUAUACGUCUAUAUAUACAAUAUUGACGGAAUAGAGUGGUAUGACCUACCGUUCACUAUAAUGUUGCUUUUCAACUGCCAGACCGAUCUUUUUAUGCAGCCCGUUGGGAUUUUAAUUGAGGAUGUAGUUAUACACUCUGAGGCAAACCUCUAUUCUGGCACAUUUAAGAAAAACACAAACUAGAAAGGUUUUUUUAUGUUCUGAGAGGGACAAGCAUAGUUACUGCUGAGUUCUAUCAAGAAUAUAUAUUCAGAAUAAGGAUGAGGAUGCACAGAUUUAGAAGACACUUUUCAGACCAUUCUAAAGAAACCUAAUCUGGAGUUUAAUAACAGACCCUGGUUUUUACAUCAAAUGUUUACUACCCUUACCUGUGUUGCUAUGGUUACCACCCUUACCUGUGGUCUCCAACCAACUCCCUCUUGUUGUUGUUGUUGUUGUUGUUGUUGUGGCAGUACGAACAGGCAAUGUUUGAUGCCAUAUCAUGUAUAUCCAUAUCCUUCACAGAUGAGUUUGUUAAAAUUCAAAAUUCUCCUCCAAUGCUUUGUCUGUCUGCGGACAGGAAAGAGCGAGAAAUUCUGUGAGAUUUUGAAACAGCUGUUAGAAAUGUACUAAGGAUAUAUUGAUGCUUCCAUAGAUUCCUUCUUUUCACUUUUACUUUAUCCACUUCUGUCCUCUGUCACUCAGUUAGUUCCCUAUUAGACUAUCGGUCACUGUGACCCAGUGGUACAUUGAUAGCCUUUUCCAGACACUUUGAGUUGCCAGCUCUGAAGUAAGUAGAUGUCCUCCUUUGAAUCGGAUGUCCUCUGAUGCAAUGCAAAUGUUCUCAGAAGAAAGUUUGAAUUUCAAGCAGUGAGAAUGUAUGUUGCAUAGUAGUUCAAAGCCCAGAGACGACUAGGUGAAAUAUCUGCCGAUGUGCCCUUGAGCAAGUUACUUAACCCUAAUUGCUCCUGUAAGUGGCUCUGGAUAAAACCGUCUGCUAAAUGACUAAAAUGUAAAUGUAAAAUGUAGUUCAUCUAUAAAGCAGCAUAGAGACAUAAAAGUGAAAUAGAAGUAAGAGAGUACAUAGAGGAGACCCUGGAGGGUACAUAGAGGGGACAUAGAGGGUACAUAGAGGGGACAUAGAGGGGACAUAGAGGGGACAUAGAGGGAC